GUGAGAGCGGACUCGGCAGCGGCAGCAGCAUCCGCGCGACUGACUACCGGACUCUACACACUUUUAAAAGUCACCUUCGCUCUCUACCGACGACCCGCGACCUACUUAUUAUCACUCUGAGCUCGCGGUAACGUGUCAGUGUUCCGUGGAUCUUAUAAGUCUCGUUGGCAGGACUCGUUACCGAUUUAUCGCCCUUUUGAAAAUAUGCUCUGCAGGCGCAAUGAUGACAUCUAUAGUGUCGGAUGAGCUUCUCGUGGCUACCGGGUUAGAGUUGUAGAGCAACACCGGUCUCGUUGUGAAAUAGACUGCACCGACAGCGCGUUCAUCGAGCACGAGAGGUCCCCUCCUGAAGGACGGACGCAGGUCACUGCGCGUGCCUGAUAGCCAGCGGAUUCGGUGCCCCGGGACAGACAUCCUUCCUUCUUCUGCGAGGAGGUUUGGGUUCUUUUCCCAUGAUGCCUCAGUGCAUGCUGUGAAGGGGCGUGUCCUGCCAGGCCCAGUGCAUCGUGGGAGAUGAGUUCAGAGGAGAAGAGCUCCAACAUGUCCCAGAAGAUCUCAUCCCCGUCGCUUAGCAACAGCAGCUCCUCCUCCAAACAUGACAGCCGGCAGGACAGCUGGGAGAUCGUGGACGGCCUGCGUGGGGGGGCGGGGGAGGAGGGGGUGCAGGAGCCCCUGAGGCAGGAGGGGUACGUGCUGAAGAAGAGGAAGUGGCCUAUGAAGGGAUGGCACAAGAGGUACUUCCUCCUGGACAAGGGCAUCCUGAAGUACAGCAAGUGUGCUGCUGAUAUGGAGAAAGGUAAACUGCACGGCUGCAUAGACGUGGGUCUGUCAGUGAUGGCAAUUAAGAAGAAAGCCAAGUGCAUUGAUCUGGACGCAGAGGAGAAUAUUUACCACUUAAAGGUAAAGACUCAGGAGCUGUUUGAGGAGUGGGUGUCUCAGCUGCGGGAGCAUCGCCUCUUCCGUCAGAAUGAGAUCGUUCUCUCGCCCCUGGAGAAGACACAUUACUACCCCCCCAUGCCCCCCCCCACCAGCGCAGACAGCACCAGCAGAAAGUCCCCCCUGCAUGGAGGUGCUCUGUCUGUGGGCUGCAGCAGUGAGGCGAAAGUAGCAGCCUGGCUUCAGACCUCAGACGACAUGGACCGCUGCUCCAAAGAGUUGUGUGUGUGUGAGGCCCAGCUAUCGGACCUGAGUCAUCUCCUUCAGAGCAUGGAGGUACUGCACCGAACCUACUCAGCACCAGCCAUCAACGCCCUACAGGCCUCAGCCUAUGACAGCCCCAAGAAGGAGAAGCGACCAACCAGGAAGUGGCGUUCAAAAAACUUCAAAGACACCAAAACCCACUUACAGGUGCCCAGCUGUAUCUCAUCGGUGCGUCUGCAUGCGUCCAAUCCAAACCUCUCGUCUGCAGAUCUGACCAAUGAGGAGGUCUACGCCGAGCCCAGCGCUCAUGAUGACGUCGCCAAACUGCAAGAGGAGUUCUGCCGCACCGCCAGCAGCUUGUACAGCAGCAUGACUCUCACUGUGGGAUGGCUGAAGGCGGAGAGGGAACGACUGCAGCAGAUUCUGGAGCAGGAGCCGCCAAGCCACGCCCCCAACGCCCAGGUCCUGGGCCUCAAGAGUGCACUCACAGCGAAGCAGGACCCUGCGGAAGCUUCCAGACCGCUGGUCCACCAGAUGUCCAAUGACAGCAGAGCGUCCGUGUCCGAGUCCCUCUCAGAGUUCUAUGACGCCCAGGAGGUGCUUCUCUCAGCCAGCUCCUCAGAGGGUUCGGAGGAUGACUCCUACAUCAGUGACAUCAGUGAUAACAUGUCCAUGGACUUCUGCACCGUAGCAGACGGGCCGGGGGGGAGGGAACCACACGGAACAGGUGGCAGUGAGAGUGGCGCCCCCCAGUGGCCCGUGAGGAGAGAGCGGCUGCCGUCUCCCAGCCCCAGCACCAGCGGUGUGAGUCUGUGGAACAUCCUGAAGAACAACAUCGGUAAAGACCUGUCCAAGGUGGCCAUGCCCGUCCAGCUCAACGAGCCGCUGAACACACUGCAGCGCCUGAGUGAGGAGCUCGAGUACAGCCAGCUGUUGGACCGCGCCGCACACACACACGACCCCUACCAGCGCAUGGUGUACAUUGCCACCUUUGCGGUCUCUGGCUACGCGUCGAGCUACUUCCGUGCGGGGGGGAAGCCCUUUAACCCGGUCCUGGGGGAGACGUACGAGUGUGAGCGGCCCGACAAGGGCCUCCGCUUCCUGGCCGAGCAGGUUAGUCAUCAUCCCCCUGUCUCAGCGUGUCAUGCUGAUUCCAAAAACUUUACCUUCUGGCAAGACAUGCGCUGGAAGAACAAGUUCUGGGGGAAAUCCAUGGAGAUCGUUCCUGUGGGCACAACGCAUGUAACACUGCCUGGGUCUGGGGACCACUAUGAGUGGAAUAAGGUGACGUCCUGCAUCCACAACAUCCUGAGUGGCCAGCGCUGGAUUGAGCACUACGGGGAGAUCUCCAUCAAGAACUCCAGCAGCGACCUCUGCCACUGCAAGAUCACCUUCCUCAAGGCUAAAUACUGGAACUCGAGUGUGUGUGAGGUGAAGGGGGUGGUGCUGGACCAGAAGGGGAAGGCGGUGCACUCUCUGUUUGGGAAGUGGCACGAGGCCAUGUACUGCGGCGACGCCCCCUCCGCCACCUGCAUCUGGAGAGCCAAUCCUAUGCCCCCAGAUCAUGAGCAGUACUAUGGCUUCACUAAGUUUGCUGUUGAGCUGAAUGAACUGACUCCCAGCAUAAAGGCAAUACUGCCCCCUACUGACACCCGCCUGCGACUGGACCAGAGGCUGCUGGAAGAGGGGGAUGUCGAGGCUGCGGAGGAGCAGAAGCAGCGGAUUGAGACGCUGCAGAGAGAACGCCGCCGUGUGCUGGAGGAGAACAACAUUGGCCACACACCCCGCUACUUUCAGAAGUCUAAGGACGACACCUGGGUCAGUAACGGCACUUACUGGGAGCUGCGUAGAGACCCCGGCUUCAGCCGCCUGGACUGCCCUGUGCUCUGGUGACCUUUGACACCACCAGGACUGCUCUGUGCUCUGGUGACCUUUGACACCACCUUCAGCCGCCUGAACUGUCCUUUGAACCCCGCUUCAUCCGCCAGGACUGCCCUGUGCUCUGGUGACCUCCGACCUUCAACCCUAGUGACAUCACAAGCCUGCUGCGCUCACAUCUACAUGCUGGGGCGACCUGUGUACCUUCUGGUGCUCUUGCUACUUGACCCCCACACACACACACACACACACACACACACACACACAGGUCAGGACUGAUGACCUGAUGUACACACCUGAUUUCUAAAUAGGACUGCUGUUUGUGCUGCCCUGCCCGUGGGCUGGACAAGAACCCCCAAACGCACACUCACCUUCAUCACCAUCAUCAUCAUCAUAGAUGCACUCUUAUUAUCUUCAUCAUCAUAGAUGCACACUAUCUUAUAAUCUUCAUCAUCUUGACUGAGUUAGUAAAUAUAAUAAUUAGAGUUAAACAAACAGCCGUCAACUUCAGCAGUAGAACACACACACACACACACACACACACUCCAGAGUAGAACACACACACACACACUCCAGAGUAGAACAC